UUCUUAUUGCGGUACUUAUUGCCUUUAAUGGUGCAACACCGACAUAUUAUCUGAAGGAUUCAAUUAUAAUACUUCAAAAACGACAAGGUGAGCCCCCUGGAGCACCACCACCAAAAGAACCUGAACCGCCAAAAGAACCAGAGCCACCAAAAGAACCUGAACCACCGAAAGAGCCUGAGUCACCAAAAGAACCAGAACCGCCAAAAGAACCUGAACCACCAAAAGAACCUGAACCGCCAAAAGAACCUGAACCGCCAAAAGAGCCUGAACCGCCAAAAGAACCUGAACCACCAAAAGAGCCUGAACCACCAAAAGAACCUGAACCACAAAAAGAACCUGAACCACCAAAAGAACCAGAACCGCCAAAAGAACCAGAACCACCAAAAGAACCUGAACCACCAAAAGAGCCUGAACCGCCAAAAGAACCUGAACCACCAAAAGAGCCUGAACCACCAAAAGAACCUGAGCCACCAAAAGAACCUGAACCACCAAAAGAACCAGAACCGCCAAAAGAACCAGAACCGCCAAAAGAACCUGAACCACCAAAAAAGUCUGAACCGCCGAAAGAACCUGAACCGCCGAAAGUACCUGAACCGCCGAAAAAACCCGAACCACCAAAAGAACCUAUACCGCCGAAAAAACCCGAACCACCAAAAGAACCUAAACUACCGAAAGAACCUAAACCACCGAAAGAGCCUGAGCCACCAAAAUUGCCUGAACCACCAAUAAAGCCUGAACCUCCAGAGAUCAAUCCGAAAAUCGAGAAAACUUCCCGUCAAGUGCAACGAGAAGUUUACACGAACUUAACAGCCACAGCUUAUGAGUUACAAUGA